UGCUUUGCAUGAAUCGUGGACUCCCAAGUUUAGUGGCUGCGGCUUUAGAUAUUUCCUGUCAGCCGCACAGACAGGCAGACAGCCGAGGCGAGGGCGGAGGAGACGAGGAGAGGAGAUGGCAGAGAACAGCUCCGAGACGAGCGGCUCCGUUCACCGGAGAUGUUUCACCCAUUCUCCGGUGGAGAAAAACACUUCAGCCGGUGUCGGCGCAUCGAAAUGGAUCCGACUAAAUGUUGGGGGGACGUAUUUUCUAACAACGAGACAGACGCUGUGUCGAGAUCCAAAAUCAUUUCUGUACAGACUGAGCCAAGCUGACCCCGAGCUCGACUCCGAUAAGGAUGAAACUGGUGCCUAUCUCAUAGACAGAGACCCCACGUACUUUGGGCCAGUGCUUAACUACUUGAGGCAUGGCAAACUGGUGCUCAACAGGGAUUUGGCAGAGGAAGGUGUGCUAGAAGAAGCCGAAUUCUACAACAUCACAUCGUUAAUAAAACUCAUCAAGGACAAGAUCAGGGAACGGGACUGCAAAACAUCACAGGUCCCUGUGAAGCAUGUUUACCGGGUGCUGCAGUGCCAGGAAGAGGAGUUGACACAGAUGGUGUCGACCAUGUCUGACGGCUGGAAGUUUGAACAGCUGGUCAGCAUAGGCUCCUCUUACAACUACGGAAACGAAGACCAAGCCGAGUUCCUGUGUGUAGUCUCCAAGGAGCUGCACAAUCAAUCAUACGGGACAAACAGUGAGCCCAGUGAGAAGGCUAAGAUUCUUCAGGAAAGGGGUUCCCGGAUGUGAAGAGGACUCAGUAUUAUGAGCUCCAGGUGUUAUGAUGCAAACAUAUCAUCUUUGUGGAAGAACGUUUGGCACAAUGGAGAUUUAAAGGGGGGUGUGCAUUUAUUCUUUUUUGUGUUUUCCCUCCAUUUUUGUUUUUAUUUCUUGAUGUAAAUAAGUCUGUUUACUGACAAUUUGUGCCUGUACGUUUAAACUGGACCUUUUUUGAAUUAGCGGCAAGUUUUUGUUUUUGUUUUGUUUUUUUCUAAUAGAAAAAAAAGUAAGGAAUUGUAAUGUCUAUGCUAUAGAAACAUGGCCAUCAUCAUAUAAGGCCAAUGAUUCACUCAGGGUCAUCUAUUGAGUUAAUUCCUAUAUCCUCCAACUCAAGGGUCUGGUAAGGGAUCAGUAUGGUCUUUAUAAUUCAGAAGUAUCAAACUCAAAAUCAUUGUUUAGAGAUGUUAAGAAGGGAAUUUGUGCAUUUACUCAGCACAUGCUAAAGAGUUAGGCUAUUAAAUGUGAAAUUCAUCCCAAAAAGAAUUUGUUUUCCGAAGAUUUCAAACAGUUAUACUGAGAUUUGUGAUCAUGAGAAUCUCAGCCACAAAACACUUUCUAUCAGAUUAACCAGAGGAAACAUUUUACUGUUGAUUAGGAUAUUGUUUUUCAGUAACAUCACAUUCAUAUUUUUAGACUAGAAAGAAAACUUUGAUCAAAAAUGUUAGAUUUGACAGUGUAGGUUAAGGGGCAUUAGGUAAUUUAUGACUUGUAAGGCUUUUAUUGGUGAUGAGGGAAUGACCUGUAAUGAACAGAAAUAUAAAAAUCCCAUUUCCUCAUAGACUAAGUUAGCAAACUUUUAACACAUAGCAGAACUAUCUGCCUCAUGUGGCAACGUUGCGAUGCAAGAUCCUUCAUUAUCAUUAACUUGGCUUGAGAAGUAAAUGUGUUGCUCCGUGCUCUGUAUCUUCCAACCCAGCAAAGUAAUUGUUGUGCGGUUUUGGUAUUGAUUAAUAAUCCCGUUAUCGCUCAGAUACAGAACUGUGCAAAGAACUGAAGUUGUCCUCAAAAUGAUUUAAAAGUGCGAGUAAACGUGAAGCUUCACAAACAUAUUUCUGAGCGUAUAGCUCAUUCGGAGACCUCAUGUUCAUAAAUCUUCAGUUAACUGCCAAAAAGCUCUUUAAGGUCACUCAAAUGUGAAUUCUGUUUUUUAUGGUAAUAUUUUUUUUAAAAACUCAACGAUGUCCUGUUUCCCGCCAGGAAAAACAUCCUCAAGACAGUUUUUAAAAAAAAUUCCCACAUACGUCUGAGUUUUCCUUGAUUAGUUAAUUUUGUACGUUUGAGGGAACAUCUUAUUUGAUUAAGAUCUUUUUUGUUCAGAGAAAGUAUUUUUGGUGUGGGAGGUUCGGGGACUGGAACUGUUUGAAGGCAGUGAAGGAAUUUCUGUUCAUAUCCAGAGGAUUUUUGUUUUGAUGUAAAUAAUCAAAAUUCAAUAUUAAUAUUUAACUCUUAAAAACUGCACGUUUUGUACACUGUAUAGAAACACAGCUUCGAAAUAGAAGUUGUUUAUACUGGAUCUUUAAAAAAUCUUGACAAUGCUAACUCCUGUUGUUCGUUGUUUGUACAGGACUCUAGAGAUUUCUGAGUUAGGUUUGAAACAGCAGAUGCUGUAAAAUGAGGUGUCUUUCACUGAGAACAUGCCUGGAUCAUGUUUUGAUAACCAAUAACAAAGCUAUACUUGGCUGGCUAUGAAGUUGACUGUUACAUUUAAAAAAAGAAAAACAAAACAACAAAAUGUAUUUUUUCCUGCAGUGUGAUUCUUCUAAGCAUUUUGAAUUGUGUAGAUUUCGUACACACCAUUACAAGCACUACAGUGGAAAACAACACUGUGCACAUUGCUUACAGCCUGUAAUGUUGUUAAUGUAAAUACUGCGUUUUAGAAGACUUUUUUUUAUAGAAAGUUGUUUUCAGGUUUGAUGUGUGGUUUUGAUAGGUUGGAUAUUUCAUUCACAAAUAAUCAUUUAGUGUUGCCUUUCUCCCAAUGACCAAAAUCCAAUGUCUUAUGUGUAUUGCACACAUUAAUCUUAGUGUCAGGGAUGAGUAAACUUUUCUUAAUGCCGGCACACUUUGUACAUAUAGACUUGUUAACAAUACACAAACCUCCAUUUACUCACAUGUACACGUAUACACUUGACUAAAACAAUUUUUAUAUUGUCUGGGAUACAAGUAUGGAUGCAUGUUUUUGAUAUAGAUAUACAUAUAUAUACACAAACACACACACACACACACAAGGGCUUUUAAAGUGCAAAAUUUGAAAUCUGCAAAGAGGUUCAAUCAAAGUAGACUGGAUUUCCUGCCAGAGCUAGGCUAUGUUUACAUUCGCCAUAGUAUUCUGAAAGCCUUCCAAUUAUGUACUGUCUUGCACUCCCUCACACAUGUUGGCAUAACUUGUGUGACCACACCAAUGGCAACUAGCACUCCCCACUCCACAUGAACUGAUCACACAGACUGAUGCUAAAAUAUUCCCAUCCAUUUCCUGACAGCCUAUGCUUGAGCGUUGCAGACAAUCUUGCUAUCUUUUUGAAACUUAACCUGCGUUGGCUCAGAGCAGAGGUUUAUUUGGGUAUUUCUUUGGAGACUUUUUUUUUUGCAAUGAGAUUUAAACUGUUUUGUGUGUUAUGCUUGGUUCAGUUGUAAACUCAUCAGUUAUAUUCUGGUCUAGAGGUGUUUAACCCCUCUCUACUUUUGCAGCUACAUUAUCUCUUAAUGCCCUUCACAAACAGGUUGUGCGGUUGAGCGUCUGGCAUUGAUAAUCAUUUCAUGUGAUGGACAAACUUAUCAAAUCUGUAGCCUAAUACUUUUAAGUGCCCAGUUUGUUUUGCAUUCAAGUCAUAAACCACAGACCACUGUAAUGCAUGAUUGAAGAUGAUCACACUUGUAAUCAGAGGGAAUGAAUGUGUCAUUUUUCCUCAAUCUUAAGUUACAUCAAUGAAUAAGGUUCUCAUAUCACUACAUAGAUCACUUCUAUAUGAUCUUAUGCAAUGUUUAAAAUGUACAAACUUAAGUAUGAGGUUAAGGGGAUGGAUCUUUAUGGUCUUGCAUAAAGUAAAAACAAUAAAAACGUUGUCAUUCA